AUGGCGAGGACGUGGGCGCACGCGUAUAUUCUCGCGUUAGCAAUAACGCUAACGAGAGCCUACCUCAUCCUUGUCCCUGACACUGCGCCACCGGGUCACGUUGUUUUAGACGCUGCCGUCUACAAACUAGGUUCUGAACGUACCUACACAAUUGACGUACAUCGCACUGCCAACUUCGUCCAUCACAUCCUUCGCGUCAAUAGAACUACUGGGCUCGUCACCCUCAGGAAGAAACUGCGAUGCGACGGGGUACUCUACCCCAACCUCUUCACUUUCUACGUUGACUCGACUUCGGAACGCAUACGUGAUAUUGAUUACUAUAGUCUACCAAUAAGAGUGCUAGUAACAGGUGAAGACUGUAGCAGGCGACAUGCGGAUCUUUAUGAUAUUGAUUUUGAUCGGGUCUAUGAUCAAGAUGACGCAGCAUUGCAAUACGAAGAUGAUCACGUCAGGGACAGAAGAGAAGCAGUAUAUGCUUUUCGUCCCGACAUGAUAGACUGGAGGUUGAUGGAGGAAGAAGAAUUAUUUUCUAGUCAAUAUAAAGUGCUAUCAACGGCAAAUCCUUGGUCAAAUACUAUUUUCGAAGACUUUGCGGCUAGAAAUAGAAGUAGAAAUAAAAGAUCUCUGUCAUUAGUACCUUUCGAUAUGGCCAUAGAUGUUAAAAUAGCUGAAGCAAAACAAUGGAUUUCGGAAACUUAUGCGAGUUUUUCUAUACCCACUACGGAUAGGUGGCAAGGGAUAUGUCUAAAACAAUCCCAAUUCAUAAAUUCGUUAACAGCUUUCCUACCCCGGACAGUUCAAAAAAUGUGUAAAGUGCAGUUCUUGGAUGUGAGUGACCCUCGCUUCUUGAUUGAAAGUAGUCAGGGUGAUUUAGUAGCAAGCAGUGAUUUAUGCAUACAGGAGCCUAUGUGGAAAGUAUCAGUUCUCUUCACGUUUAAUUGUGAUAAAUCUAAUAUUGUAGACUCUGAUCACCGACUGAAAAUAGUGUACCAUCAUCAAGAGCUAAAUGAUACGGAUAUAGCGCGAAGGGUGAAGAGGGAAUUGCGGAACCAGUCGCCUUACUUCGAGCAGGCGCUUUAUGUUGCUUCCGUCGCUGAAGAGCAGGCACCGGGUGUCGUCGUCACAACCGUAAGAGCUCGGGACCCUGAGAACAGUCCAGUUACAUACUCCAUGUCGAGCUUGUUGGAUUCCCGAUCAGCCGGCAUGUUUGCGGUGGAUACAAGGUCGGGAGUGGUGACUACGCAAGCAAGGUUGGAUCGAGAAAGAUUGGAUGUGCAUUACUUUAGAGUUGUGGCACAAGACGAUACUUUCCCACCUAGAAGUGGGACUACUACUCUUCAGAUCAACGUACUGGACUGCAACGAUCACGCGCCGGUCUUCGAAAUGCAACAGUACGAGGCGUCAGUCCGCGAAGGUGCCAGCCCUGGUACCACAGUACUCACUUUAAAGGCGACCGACCAAGACAUCGGUAACAAUGCACAGGUGGAAUAUUCUAUAGACUCCAUAUCAGCGGACAGUCUUAAUCCGGAAGAUAUGAAUGAAUCAAUCGACGGCAGCAAAGAACAGAUGGACAUACAGGACGUAUUUAGAGUUGACGGCAGAAGCGGGGCGCUACUCACCAGAGCGCCUCUUGAUAGAGAGAAAGUGUCCCGUUAUACUGUCAUAGUAAAAGCUACAGACCAAGCCAGUCCUGUGUCUGAUAGAUUGUCUAGCAGCGCCACAGUUCACGUGAACAUAAUAGACGACAACGACAACUACCCUCAGUUCAGUGAGAAAACUUACACCGUUACAGUUGAAGAGGACAUCAGUGUUGCUGACAACCCCAUAAUCGCAAAAAUCAAGGCGACCGACGCUGAUGUGGGGGCAAACGCGGCAAUCCGCUACGCGAUCAUCGGCGGCAACACACAGAUGCAGUUCUCGAUCGACAGUCUGAGCGGCGACGUGGCAUUAGUUAAGGCGCUAGACUACGAACAAGUUCGCAGCUACCGUCUCGUCAUCAGAGCUCAAGAUGGGGGUAGUCCGUCUCGUUCUAACACCACACAACUGUUGGUAAACGUAAAGGACGUCAACGACAACGCGCCAAGAUUCUAUACUUCAUUAUUUCAAGAAUCCGUCAGCGAAAGCGUGCCCGUUGGCUAUAGCAUCGUCAGGGUACAAGCCUACGACGCUGACGAAGGCGUCAACGCUGAACUUACCUACACUUUAUCGGACAAAGAGUAUAACGGAAAUAACGACUUACCAAUCACCAUAGACCCUCGCUCUGGAUGGGUGUACACGUCAGGACAACUCGAUAGAGAAGUGCAAGCAAAAUAUCAACUACAGGUAACGGCUACAGACAGUGGUGUACCUCCCCGCUCGGCGACAGCCUCUGUGGCAGUGGUGGUGCAAGAUGUGAACGACAAUGACCCGGUGUUCUCGCCGCCGCAGUACGAAGUAGAAUUAGCUGAAGAUGAACCGCCUGGCACGCCAGUCGUCACCGUCACCGCUACCGACGCUGAUGAGGAUAACAGGUUACAUUACGAAAUCACGGGUGGCAACACACGUGGCCGGUUUUCCAUCACGUCGCAGAAUGGCCGAGGGCUGAUUACUGUAGCGCAACCGUUAGACUUCAAGCAAGAGCGCCGCUACGUUCUUACCGUGACGGCUACCGAUCCUGGUGGAAGAUCUGACGCAGCCAUGGUCCAUAUCAACAUAACCGAUGCCAAUAAUUACGCGCCGGUAUUUGAAAAUGCACCUUACACUGCAUCGGUAUUUGAAGACGCACCAGUAGGGACAACGGUACUUGUAGUUUCAGCUACCGACAGCGACGUGGGUGUUAAUGCACAAAUAACCUACAGCCUCAGUUCCGAGAUCUCUAACGAAGCCGUCGCUCACCAUGACCAUGAGUUUCUCAUCAACCCGCACACUGGUGCCAUCACUACCAACAAGCUGCUAGACAGAGAAACUAUGAGUGGAUACCUGUUAACGGUCACAGCUCGUGACGGAGGUGUUCCGUCCCUUUCCGACACAACCGACGUUGAAAUAUCUGUUGUAGAUGUAAACGAUAACCCGCCUGUAUUUAGACAGCAACUAUACACUUCCAGCAUUAUGGAGGAUGCUUUAGUCGGCACAUCAGUGACGCAAGUGAGCGCAACAGAUGCAGAUGUGGGGCUGAACGGACGCGUGCACUACGAGCUGGAGCCGCGCGACCGCGAGGAGGGCUCCUUCGUCAUCGACCCCGCGUCCGGUGUGCUGCGCACCAACAAGGCGCUGGACCGCGAGUCCGUUGCCACCUACGACCUCAAGGCCAUCGCGAUAGACGGAGGCACACCACCCCAGAGUUCCACUGUAAUAGUCCACAUAAAAGUCGAAGACAUAAACGAUUCACCGCCAGUAUUCGAAAGCGACUGCCUUACAUUUUACAUACCAGAGAACAGUCCAAUUGGGACUACAGUGGGAGAAAUUCGAGCACAUGAUCCAGAUGAAGGACCAAACGCCGUCAUUCAUUAUUCUAUUAAAGGUGGAGAUGAUUCCAACAGCUUUUCACUAGAGACACGACAAGGCUCCGAUAAAGCAGAACUAGUCACAAUGGUGGAUUUGGACUACGAAAGCCCUCGUAAGAAAUACGAAUUAGUUAUAAGGGCCGCCAGUCCUCCACUAUGGAACGAUGUUAGAGUUGAAAUAUUAGUGACCGAUGUAAAUGACAAUGCGCCUAUGAUGAAAGAUUUUCAAAUUAUUUUCAAUAACUUUAAAGAUUGUUUUCCCGUGGGCCCGUUCGGUAGAGUUCCAGCAUACGAUGCAGAUGUCUCUGAUAAGCUCCACUACCGCAUUUUAUCUGGCAACAAUGCAAAUUUAGUUCUUUUAAACGAAACGACCGGCGCCAUGACACUUUCACCGCAACUGAACACCAACGUACCAAAACUAGCCACCAUGGAAAUAUCCGUUACAGAUGGCGUUAAUGAAAUCAAAGCAAUGAUGCAACUGUCGGUGCGACUGAUAACCGAAGAAAUGUUGUUCAAUUCAAUAACUGUGAGACUGAAUGAUAUGACUGCCGAACAGUUCCUGUCGCCAUUGUUAGGUUUCUUCAUAGAUGGUCUGGCUGCUAUCAUUCCGUGCCCUAAGGAAAAUAUUUACGUGUUCAGCGUUCAGGACGAUACAGACGUAACUGGCAACAUUCUGAAUGUGUCAUUUUCGGCUCGACGUCCGGAUGCAGAAGUGGGCACAGGCGGUGAUACAUCUCAAUUCUACUCGCCUACGCACUUACGCGAGCGACUUUAUCUCAACCGCGCCACACUCGCGAGGCUCGCGACUGUACAGGUGUUACCAUUCGACGACAACAUUUGCAUUCACGAGCCGUGCCUUAAUUUUGAAGAAUGCCUUACUGUACUUAAGUUUGGAAACGCCUCGGGCUUUAUAAGCAGCGAUACUGUAUUGUUCCGGCCAAUUUAUCCCGUCACGGCUUUCACUUGUCAAUGUCCGCAUGGUUUUACUGGUCUAAGAGAACACUUCUUAUGUGACACGGAAGUAGAUCUUUGUUACUCCUCACCUUGUGUCAACAACGGCACGUGUAUGCAACGGGAAGGAGGGUAUACUUGUGUGUGUGCUCCUGGAUUUACUGGUGCAAACUGCGAGACUAUUUUAACAAAAGCAACAUGCGAAAUGAACGGCGAUGGAACAAUAUGUCGGAGUGGAUCUCAGUGUGUUGCAAAAAAAGAAGGCGGAAUCUUGUGUCAGGGUUGUACUAUUGAUGUGGAGUACACGACAGCCAUGUGUGAAUUGAGAGCAAGAAGCUUUCCUGCUUCGUCUUUUCUAACAUUUCCUGGCUUAAAAAGGAGACAUAGAUUUAAUUUGAAACUUAAAUUCGCUACCACAUCCCCAUCGGGUCUAUUGAUGUAUAACGGUAGAUACAACGAACGUCACGACUUCGUGGCGCUUGAAACUAUCGCUUCUGGCGCUGGCAAAGGUAGUGGCGCAGGUCUACGGUUCUCUUUCUCGUUGGGCGGCACCCGAACCGAAGUUACCGUGGCCGCUCAUGUAGCUGAUGGCGCUUGGCAUUCUGUUGAGAUAAAAUAUUAUAAUCGGACUGUUACAAUGAUAGUGGAUGACUGUGACAAGGACUUGUCAUUAGCGGGAGCAAGUGAAUUUGGCAUCAAAUACGCCUGCGCAAACUUCACACGGAAAGUGUUGCCACCACACUGCGAUAAUCCUACUGAAACUUGUCAUAGAUUCCUCGAUCUCACCGGGCCCUUGCAAAUUGGCGGUUUACCAAAUAUUCCAAGCAGCUUCCAAGUGAAGAAUAAGGAUUUCGUUGGCUGUAUCUCUGACCUUUACAUCGAUCACAAAUUCCUUGAUCUUAACAGCUACGUAUCGGACAACGGCACAAUAGCGGGCUGUCCGCAGAAACGCUCUCAGUGCAGCUCUGCGCCAUGCCACCACGAAGCUGCCUGCAGCGACCUCUGGGAUUCGUUUCUCUGUGAUUGCCCCGAGGGAUACACCGGUCACGACUGCGCUGAAACAACCUCUCCGCCGUGGCGAUUCAGUGGUGAUGGCAUGUUGUCUUUCAACCCUUUGCUACGGCCCAUACAACUGCCGUGGCUCAACGCACUUUCUAUUCGAACGAGACAACAUGACGCCUUUCUGAUGUCCGUGCAAGUUGGCCAAAACAGCAGUGUCUUUAUUAGUCUGAAAUCCGGACUUCUUCACUACUCCUACAACGGCGAAUCAAUGUUCCUCCCGUCGACAAAUCUAGCAGAUGGAAACUGGCAUCGAAUCGAGAUCAAGUGGUUAGGAACUGACAUAUCAGUCGGAAUCGAUUACGGGCUGCGCAACGCUCUGUUGCCGAUGCUAGCAAACAAAAUACAGGGACAGUAUAUUGGAAAGAUUCUUAUCGGUGGGCCUGAUAGUACUGCUGGUUUACUGGCGUCUGAAGUGGGAUAUUUCGAAGGAUGCAUACAGGACGUCCGUGUGGGAACAGCACAGUCUCUGCUCAACCGACCAACUGUAAGAGAGAAUGUAAGAGAUGGAUGUCAAUCAAAGGCAGAUUGCAUGCUCUCAAUCUGUCCACCUUAUAGCAAGUGCGAGUCUCAGUGGGACAGUACGGAGUGUGUAUGCGAGCGCGGACGUAUCGGUCCGCACUGCACCGCCGCGUGUGACUUGCGUCCUUGCGGCCCGCACGCGGUCUGCGUACCCGACGACACGCACAAGGGAUAUAGCUGCAAAUGCGAGCAGGGGUACACUAUGACCGCGGACGGGUGUGAGGAACAGCACGAGGAGGAGUGCCCUGGCGGUUGGUGGGGCGUGACGGCGUGCGGGCCGUGCGACUGCGACAUGGCUCGCGGCUUCCACCCGCACUGCGCGCUCCGGGACGGACGCUGUCGCUGCAAGGAGAACCACUACAAACCACCGGAGUCGGAGGUGUGCCUGCCCUGCCAAUGCUACGCGGCGGGCUCGCUGAACGGCUCGUGCGAGGACACGAGCGGGCAGUGCCACUGCCGCAGCGGCGUCAUCGGCCGCGCCUGCGACUCCUGCUCCAACGUCUACGCAGAGGUCACGCCCAACGCCGGCUGUAAAGUUAUUUACGACGGAUGCCCACGAUCGUUCUCAAACGGAGUUUGGUGGCCACGGACAAAGUUUGGUGUGGAGGCGGUAACUGAUUGUCCUACAGGUUCUAGCGGCAAAGCGACGCGUAUCUGCGACGAAAUACAAGUGAUCCCGUGGCAAGAGCCCGAUAUGUUUAAUUGUUCAAGUUCUACAUUUUAUCAACUCCGAAAACAGCUACAUAAAAUAGAAACUGGAGAAUUGACGGUAAAUACAUUCGUGGGAGUUCGGCUCGCGGACGACUUGGCAACGGCAUGUAUGAAAACAGCGCGACUCUACGGUGCAGAUGUUCUCGUAGCCGAGGGUAUCCUACUAGAACUGCUGCAGUACGAACUUCACCAAGCUGGACUCAACCUCACGCACAGUCAGGACAAGGACUACGUACGAAACACAAUAAAAUCGGCAAACACGAUUCUGAACAUCGAGUACGACAAAGAAUGGCAACGCAUAAGAAAACUAACCGGACACGGAGUAGAACGCUUGCUACAGAUAUUUGACAAGUACAUAUCAGUAUUGGCCGAAAGCCAGCACGAUACCUACACCAGCCCCUUUGAAAUUGUUACUAGUGAUUUAGUUAUUGGAGUGGACAUAGUAACCGCCGAAUCGAUAUACGGCUUCGAACCUACGCAACUCAAUCGCUACAAUACUGAAUCGUUUACAACUGAACGUGUGGUACUACCAGAUACUUCCUCCUUUAUACACUCUCCCAUACAGCCUGGUUACUAUGGAAACGUCAAGGCAAAAACAAAGAAACUGUCGAGUCCCACUGUGUCGUUUCCUAAAUACAAUAACUACGUGAAAAAUAAAAGCAAGUUCGACAAGUAUUCGCGAGUUCUUCUGCCACUGGAUUUACUUGGAAUAAAUAGUAAUACAGAAGAAAACAUAGUUGCAUCGUACGAAUCACGCGCUGUAUUCUCUUACCUUCAAUAUUCACGAAAUACCUCACAUUUAAUGCCAUUGCGCAUGGACGAUUCGGUUAGUCGACGAUGGGGAGUUAAUAUCACCGUGGGCUCACCGAUACUACAGCUAGCCCUGUUCGUGCCAGAGUUUGUGUGGAAAAAGGAAGCAAGUGACAAUGAAAGCUUGGAUGGUACGGAAGAUAUGAUAGGCGUCGUCUACGCUAAUAAGGGCCACAAUCAUCAAACUCACACAAAUCAUAUCGGUUCAAACACUCACUCCAGGAAUCCCUGGCCUAAUUCAAAUGACGAUGAAAAUUUGAACCAUGAAAACCAUGGACCCGUUGUUAUACAACCAGCUUUUAAAAAACAAGAUAAAGUUAGCGACUCUGAGAAUUUACAAGAAAAUAAUUCCAUGUAUGGAGCCGAGAAAGCUGCUAAAGUUGACAGUAUGGAUAAUCUAAAAGUAAUGGCUCUGGUAAUGGAAUCAAAUGACAUAAGCAAAGAAAGCGCUAAUUCAAGCAAGGAAAUCAAUACAAAGAAGUUGAUAUACAAAAGUUUAAGUGGUAUAAGGUUGAAAAAACCAAUACGGUUGCAACUAUGGCUAGACAUAGACAGAGAAACAUUCGGAACACGAACUAAUCCACAAUGCGUUCAUUGGUCUACGUUAAGAGGGUCUGGAGAGUGGUCCCGAGUAGGUUGCCACACAGAAAUAGACUAUGACUGGUCUCCAUACUCCGACGAACCUUUGCUCAUAAAUUGUACGUGUAAUCAUUUAUCAACGUUUGCAGUGUUGGUUGACGAAGUUGAUAUUGAGUUCAUACCUGAGCCAUCACUCCUUGAAUCAGUUACGUCAUAUACAGCAUUUAGUAUCUCUCUCCCGCUCUUGUUUACUACAUGGGCCGCUCUCUGUCUCAUGCGCGGAGGCGCAGCUACCGUCUCCAACUCCAUACACAAGCACCUUAUCUUUUGCAUCUUUAUGGCUGAACUUCUCUACUUAAUUGCAUUGAAAGCAAGAAAUUCUUUGGUGCAAAAUGAGUUCGCGUGCAAGGUGGUGGCGAUGUCGCUGCACUACUGGUGGCUGGCGGCGCUGGGCUGGGCGGCGUGCGACGCGUGGCAGCUGCGGCGGCUGGUGCGCGAGCUGCGCGACGUCAACCACGGCGGGCUGGGCGCGCCGCUCGCCGCCGCCUACGCCGCGCCCGCCGUCGCGCUCGCGCUCGCCGCCGCGCACCGCCCGCACCAGUACGGCAACGCGCUCUUUUGUUGGGUAAGCUGCCACGAGCCAGUUGUUUGGUGGGUGGUGAUUCCUGCUGCAGUGUAUGCAAGUGUUGCACUAAUAUUCCUCACGGGCGCCACACAUGCUGCAUUUACUGUUAGAGACCACGUCACUGGUUUUGGAAACUUGAGGAUGCUGCUGGCAAUAAGCGUGGUGUGCCUGCCGCUGCUGUGCGUGUCGUGGGCGAGCGCGCUGGUGCUGGGCAGCGAGGCGGGCGCGCGGCGCGCGGCGCUCAGCGCGCUGCUGGCGGCCGCGGUGGCGCUGCACGCCGCCGCCGCCGCGCUCGGCCACGUGCUGCUCAACGUGCGCGUGCGCGACAACCUGCGCAGAACCAUUUUGAGAUGCCUUGGCAAGAAAGUACCGCUGGCAGACACGUCAGUAAUCAUCAGCACCAGUGCGCAUAAUAUUUCUCAAGUGAACAGGUCAGCAUUAGCGUAUCAUAGUGGCACGGAGUCCGGUCGUCAACUACGGAACAUUGGCAUAUCGGCGUCAUCAACAACUUCGAGGUCUACAACAAAAACCAGUUCUAGCCCUUACAGCCGAAGCGACGGUCAACUACGUCAUACUAGUACAUCUACGUCCAAUUACAACACCAGUGCAAGCGAUAUGCCUGCUUACUUGAGAGGUUUCGACUCAUCUCUUCACACUCGAAAGGACGACGACGGUCGGCGACGUCGCAAGGGCGCGGCGGGCUUGGAGGGUGCGGCGGGGGCUGUGGGGGUGGCGGGGGCGGUGGGCGCGGCUGGCGGCGAGGCGUCGGACAGCGACAGCGAGGGCAGCGCGCGCAGCCUGGAGCUGGCGUCCAGCCACUCGUCCGACGACGACGAGACCAGCACGCGCCGCUCCACGCCCCGCCACGCGCACCCGCACCCGCACCCAGCCGCUGCCAACACUCAAUAUUCAAGAGAACGAGGAACAAGUAACAACGCAGGCAGCUUUCUGCCAAAUAUUACGGAAGGAGCGCCUUUGGGGAUGUCACCUCGGUGGCCGUCACAUAUUAGAGAAGAAGCAAACCGGCCGGACAUAGGACGUUGGUCCCAAGAGACCGGAUCCGAUCACGAGGGACUGAACCCGGGCCCGGCCACACCGUCGCCGAACCCACUGCCCAACCCCGACCUCACGUCUGACGUAUAUCAGCUAAGCCGGCACAGAAUGAAGCCCUCCAUUUUGGAAAACGUACAUGACACUUACGUCGCAAACGUGGACGCAUCUCGGCUACCGCUCGAUAACAGAUACGGUGUAAUGGAAGACGAACUCAUGUACGGCGUAUUACCAAACGACACGGAAAAACAAAUGCCCUACGAUCCCAACUAUCCCAUGUCGCCCACGAUGUACAGAUUACCCCAAAAUCCCUACGGGUCAAAAACAUAUCUCUCUGCGUCAAGAACAUCCGACUAUGGUUACAGUCCCACAAAGUAUAUGAACCCGGAUCCCAAUGCGUACGGAUCAAGGGAUUUCCGCGAUUCGGGCGUGACAACACGGGAUCACGACGGAUAUCCGUCGCGGGAUUUUAGGGAUUCCGGCAUAGCAACCAUGCUGAAAAAUGAUUAUCAAAGAAAAAUGGAGAGUCAUUAUGGCGGAGACUACAACGACGGAAUGUCUGAAGGAUCGGAUAAGCAUCAUCCGCACGAUAAAUAUCUAUUCCCGUAUACGGCGGAGGAGGACCACGUAAGUAUGCGCGAGGCGACGCGCUCCCCGCUCACACGCGCCAACACACACACGGGUGAAAACCAACAGCAGAUGGGGGCGCCACUAGCAAGCAUGGGAGAGACAAGCGAGAAAUCUACGACUGAAGACGACGCCGAAACGCGAGUAUGA